UUAUAGUACGAUACCAUUACACAAGUGAAGUAGGCACGCCAAAUUUCGACCUCCCUCUCCAACGAUUUCCUUGGAAUUUGAUUCUAUUUUCGUCGACGUGGUGACGCAAACAUGCCAUCAAUUGGUGGCAUUGAUAAUUCUCGGACCAAAGAUCGUGGUUUGGAAGACGUUACUAGUCUAAUUUCUGUGGAUAUAGGUGGAACAAAUUCGUCGUCGACAUUGAAAUCAACAGCCAUCAAGACGGCAUUGCAAGACAAACCAAUCAAAGUGGAAUCUACCAUCAUGGCACCAAACAAGAAUGGCCAGGUGAAUGGCGAGUGCAAGACCUCUUCUCCUGCUUCAAAAGAAGAGAUCAAGCAAGAUGAAAAGCCAGAUGAUCACCCCGCUGGGAUGGAGAAUGGCGCUAAGGGGAAAGAGCAGGACGGUUGUGAAGGUAAUGAUGUAAAGCCAAAGGAGCAAGUCAACAGAGGUCCAGAGGAGAACAGUGAUGGUGAUGGGGUUCCCGAUGAGGAUCAGAUGGACAAGACAGCCGAGGUGAAGAGGAAGGAGUACAAGGAGAAACCGAGAGCCAGUUCCGUGGAGCUCCUGGGUUUGAAGAAGAUGAAGCAUGCCAGAAUUCCCCAUCAGGGCCAGCUGGACGAGAAGAUAUGCCAGAUCUUUGAGAGUGAGAUGAGACGAAGGAAGAGCUCACCGGCAACUUACCACUACAUGGUGAAGACACCUAGGAUACCUGAAGAGGAUGCGACUGUUGACAACCUGGCCACAAAGAUGACACAGAUGGACGUGAGUGAUGAGAAGAAAAAUGCCUUCGGGAAAAGGAUGGAGGAAGAGAAAGAGAGGAACCCUUUGACUUCAAAAGGUCGUUCUGAUCGUCCCGGUCAUGCCCAAGGGAGAACCAAACCUUACCCAUCGAAUCAACCUGGCAUGGCUUAUGUACAGCAAUAUUCUCCUGUACAGCCAGUAUACCCUGGCUCGAUGGCCUGUCCUCCUUGUCAGGCCUACAUCAGCUCUUCGGGCAAGAAAGUCAUGGUUCCUGGUAUGCCGUCUGAGCAGCAGAUCAAACUUUCAGAUGGACGUACCAUGCAGAACCUUUACGCGAACCAGCCCGUUGUCUCCAAGAAAGACCCAGAGGAAUCCUGCUGGCCUCCAUCUCCAACAGACAGCUCCUACCCUAGUUCUCCAGGUAGUGUGUCUUCUCUCAGUCCUGCUCAUACGAUGCAGCAGACACCAUCGCCGGCCUACUCCCCAGCCUACUCGCCCGCCUACUCACCAGCGCAGACUCAGCCGUCCCCGCAGUCCAUGAUGUCACCAGGGGAUGGCUACCAUGGUAUGUCCACCUCGCCUAACUCACCCCACUCCCCGGAGAUGAUGGUCAUGAUCAAUUCCCCUCCCAGUGUCCAGAGCGAGGACUCCGGAAUCUGCUCACCACCUCACAACGUCUACAGCUGCACAUCGCCUUCAGGAACCAACAGUGGUAUGGUCAUCGACAACAGCCAUCGCCCCUAUGUGGAGAAUCCGAUUCCUGUAGAGAACAUGCAGUACAUCCAGAACCGGACACAACACCAGCAACACCAGCAACACCAGCAACACCAGCAACAGCAGCAACAACAGCCCUCCCAGGAAGAAGUGGCACAACAGAGCAUUAAGCAUAUCAAAGAUCAGCUCAUGGACUCAUCUCAAGAGUUUGAGCGGAAAACUUACAUCCAGCCCGUUAAUGCCAGGUACGUCCAGCAGUACCCUGUGAACCAGAAUCAAGGGAUGGUGAGGCAGCCACCUGUUUAUCCAGUACCGAACCAGAUGCAAGUGAUCACCCCGCCACCAACCCCUCAAGACCAGAACCGCAACCUUGAGAAUCUGGUCAACAAUAUGCCUCUGGAUGUCCUGUGCUCCUUGGAUGAAGAAGGAGACACCGCUCUUCACAUAUCUAUCAGCCAGGGUAAUAUCCCGCUUGUUCAUGCCAUCGUGAAUCGUCUGUUGAAGAGCGGGAGGAAGGACGCCCUCAAUCUCAGGGACAACAUCGGACAGACACCUCUUCACAUCUGCAUGGUGACGAACCAGCCGGACCUGAUCGUGUAUCUUCUCAAGGCCGGAGCGGACCUCAUGAUUCCAAACAAGGAGCAGCAAACCGUGCUUCACUACGCCGCCAUCAAGGGCUUCUCCUUGGCUCUGCGGGCUAUCGGAUACUGCGUCUGCCAGAACAUGGUCGCCAACAUUGAGAUCGAUGUGGAGGAUAAGAACGGCAUGUCACCGCUUCAGUGUGCCAUCCAGGCCCAUGGUCGUCUUGCGCGUGUCUAUGACGGGACUCAGUGCAUGUAUGUGGAUAAGAUGGUGGACAGUCUGGACUCCAUCAGGAACCUGCUCCAUCUCGGCGCUGACCCUUCCUUCCUGGACAGGAAAAGCGGUUACACGGCGCUCCACUUCGCCGUCGAGCUUCCACCGAGUGACCGGGUAGCAGCCAACACCCACAUCAUCAAGAUGAUGCUGGAAUGUCCCGGAGUCGACGCCAGGCACCUGCUGAAGAUAGCAAACUAUGCCGGUAACACUCCGCUUCAUGUCAUCGCUGGGCGCGACUUCGACGAGGACCACGUGGUGAAGGUCAUCGACCACCUGAUGAGCUUCGGGGCCGACAUCGACCUCAAGAACUUGGAGAAGCAGUCACCGCGUGAUUUGGCGAUCGUGAAGAAGAAGGAGAGACCUAAGGUUUUUGCAAGACUGCAAGGAGACCAUCUUCAAGGAAAGUGAAGCAGCCAAUCAGGAGCCUUGAUACAAACAAGCCUUCACCCAACAUGCAGCAGGUGACCAAUCAUAAGUGAUGUUCAAUGAGACAGUACCCUUUGUGCCCUGUGUGUAAUGUAUCACAUGCAGAAAUGGACAUCUUCUUGUCUUGAAAUAAUUCCAUGCUAUAAGCAUCAAAAGUAAAAAAUUGUUUGAUGCAUGAAAUUCAUAAAUUAUUGUCCCCUUUAAAAUCUAAAAUUGCCCAGACUUCAGGAAAUGCAAGUAUAUUUUUUGUCCGUCAAGAAGUCUAAAACUUUCUUGAUUAUAAUCUUGCCUUGAAAUGCAUUUUGGCCGUUUGAUGCAUUCCUUGAAUUUAAACGAGAAGCUGUCCUGUUAAUGAAAUCAAACAAUUAUCACAGAGAUGUGAAAAUUGUUGAAAGGAUGUUUUCUUGCAAUUGCAAAUGGAUUGGUUUAUCCAAAAAGGAAGUUAGCUUUGUUUUAUCUAUUAUGUAUAUUUGAUCAAAGAUAGUUAUAAAGGUGCUGUAUGCUUUGUACAUUAAAAAAAAUAUACAUGUAUUAUAAAAACGUUUGCAGCUUGAAAAUAGAUUUUUAAUGAAUUUUCCUCUAGGUGCAAAGAUUUGAAACAUCAACUUCUUUUGUAAUCAAAGUAAAAAAAGAGACAUCAGAAAUUUAAGUUUUAAAUGAUUUAUGGUAUACGAUUGCAAUGCAAAUAUAUGUCAAAAUGUAAAUUGCAUACAUGUAAUGUACAUAAAGUAGAUGUAUAGUACCAAGUAUGUGUCUUUAUAUUGCUUCCGAUGGUUGUUACGCAUGGGGAAAAGAAGACUUGUUAAUCCCUAGCAGCUUCACAGUAUUUAAAGAUCUAAGGAAAUCACUUUUCUCUCCUCCAAUUGGUACCAAUUGUUCUUAUAUUAAACUCCUACAUGCUUCAAAAAUUAUAAAUGUAUAUGAAAUGAACAAAUAUGACUGAAAAUUACUUCAUUUUAUCCAAAAAAAGCCAAUUUGUACAUAAAAAUAUUAUUAGUGAGUACAAUUAAAUUGCUUUUGUGUUCAUGAAAGGCACAAUUAUGUACAGCAUGUGUCUGCAAUUUUUGUUCUUUCUGUUCAUGUACAAUAGAAUUUGCUGUGACAUUGUUUGUCGAUAAUAUUCCACUAUUUCCUUGUUUGUAUAGCGUAAACAAGUGGUCAAUUAGUUCUAUUGAUGUUUUGCCAAAUAAUCAGAUCAAAUUUAGUGACAUUACAUGGUAUCAGCAUUGCAUGUAAAGGAAACAGAGUCUGUUGGGAGUCAGCGAGGCGUUACAUUUAUACUUUAACGCAGAGAUGACAUCUUAUUUGUGGUCAUUCAUGGAGCAGAAUGUUUUUAAUUUGUUAUAUGGCUAUAUAGUAGAGAAAUGUUGUACAGAUUGCUGUCAGUGUAGAAAGACAAUUACUACAUCCUCUGUGCCGUCAGCGGAACGUGUUAAUUUGUUUACAUGGCUGUGAAAUAGAGAAGUGUUGUACAGUUUGCUGUGAAAAAACAAUUAAAAAAGGAAAAUUAUGAUAUUCAGAUAUUUGAAUCAUUGCGUCAUGUAAAAUUUACAAGCAGGUAGGUCAGUGUAUGCGGAAAGAUGCUACAAAAUAUGUAAUGGUUCACAUGAUGACACUGUACAUAGGUGCGCAUUUACAAUAAAUUUGUUUAACCCUUUACUUACGGGAACCUGGGGGUCCCUGUGUUAAGCCUAUGGGACAAAUACAACUCAGUAGUUAGCGGGUUAAAGCUGACAAUGCAAUGUGUAUGUUAAUCAAUGUAACAUAUCUUCUUAUAUCAUCUCUUUAGAUGUGUAGAAAGACAAUUACUACAUCCUCUUUGCCAUCAGCAGCAGGUGACCAUACAAUGUGUAUGUUAAUCGAUGUGACAUAUCUUCUUAUAUCGUCUCUUUAGAGCCAGUAGGGUGUUAACUCUGUGUUAAAGUAUAUGAGUUAACACCCUUCUGUCUCUUUAGACCCAGUAGGGUGUUAACUCUGUGUUAAAGUAUAUGAGUUAACACCCUUCUGGCUCCGAACAGACAAUACUUCCCCUCUGCAUGUAGGCCGGGCUCAAAAUAUCAAGACUGAAAGAAAAUAUGAUUCCAUUUCCAUGUUGUAUAGCUUACAGUGCUAUUGCAAGUCUUUCUAUAUAGGCAUACUUCUAUAUAUAUAUAUAUAAAUCAGAUUGGCCAAUUCUUUGCAAUGUUUUCUGUCUGAUAUAUGUCCUUUUUUACAUUUCAUGUUUAAAUGAAAAAUAUCGUGAUAUGACCUCAUAAUGAUAUUUGUGAUGCCAGGUAGAGCUAUUUAUAGUCCGUGGUCAUAUCAAGACAUUUUAGUUUUAGGAGGAAGUCGUGUAUAACAGUGUUUAAUAUACAUGUAUGUCGUAUGGAAUACAUUGGAAGACAGAAUCACCCUUAAAUGAAUAUGAAUAUGACAACUCCUUAUAUUUUUAUAUUUUACUUAAGUUUUUAUGUGUCUUAUCAAACAUCCUGUCAAUCAUCUGAAAUACCUUUACUUCAUAGACUAUUAAGAGUUUCACCUAUUUUUUAUAUGCACAAAAGUGCAAUUACAAUACAUUAGAUUUUAAAUGUUUUCUGAUCAAAUGAAAUGAAUGACAUGGGCCAUAAAUAAUGGUUGUGUUGAUUUACAAAACUCAUCUUUUAUUAGUACAUUUUUUGCAGGAAAUUUAUAUAGAAUUAUGUAAUGGAUAAAAAAAUAAGCAGUCAAUAUCUUUUUUUUUUAAUGCAUCCCAAGGUACAAUUCCGAAAGAGAGAUAUUUUAACAAAUGUACCUGCAAAUGUGUAUUUAUUUUUAGCGUCAAUUGUAAUUUAGCAGUCUAAGAGCAUUGCGUUUGUCUAACUGCGCGUAUCCAUAGUUAACUUCAUGCGCAAUCAAUGCGUCCUUGGAUUGUAUGCGCAAGUAGAACUAUAUGCCGGGUCAAUAUUUUUACCUAUACUGCCCAGCGGUCAGUAGUGAAUUUCAUGCCUGCAGUGUUGACCAAUCAGCAGCCUAGAAUCUUCAUACGGGGUAUAUGAAUACUAUACAUGUACGACCAAAAUAUACACUGGAGAAUUUAGCUUCUAGACAAAUUAUUUCGACAUAUCAUGAAUUAGGAGAACAUGAUCGCAAUGUAUAUAUAACUUGCCAUGAAGUAAUGUAGGUAAGAACUACCCUCUUGAUAUUUUUAAGAUGAUGUACAUACUAUUUUUAACAAAGAAACCUAUUUGGAAUCAUGGAUUCUUAAUGGAAAAAGGUAUAUGUUUUAAGUUAAGUAACAUUGUAAAUAAACAUAUAGAUUGAAUAGAUGUUUGUAUUCUUCAUUUUUAAGAUGUCUUUUUUGUAAAUAAUGUUCUGCUUUGCCUUCAUGAUAACUUUUAAUAUCUAGAGGAUGGAUGGGGGCAGAAAAUGUGAAUUUUUUUAUUCCAGAAGGUGCCAGAGAAUAGCGACGUAUAUCUCUGAAUGACAAUAUAAAAAUAUAGAGAUUAAAAGUAGACAUAGAACCAUUUCAUACAAAAAUGAAACCCUCUUUCAUAGAACAUGGAACCAGAUAAUGCACUGAUACUAUAAAUAAAUAGUACAUUAUUGUAUCUUUUGACAAAUUGUUAUCACUGUGUAUGGAGAAUAUGUACAUUUGUAACAAAUGUAGAUGUUGCUGUACACUGUCAGUGCCAUUAUAAAGUUAUACUGAAAAUAGAAGGCACUCUUUAAGAAACAGGUAUAUUUGUGAUUAUCACAAUUUUUUACCCUGGCUGGCAAGUCGAUUAAUUCAGUUGAAUUUUAGAUAUUUAAUCAAUUGGGGGGUAAUCAAAAUGAUUUUAUGCUUAUUCAAAGAAAUUGGUUAAGUUUUCCUCUUUUUUUUAUUGUAUGUGAUACUGCGAUUCAAAUAUUGAUUCAUUUUUGUCUCUAAGAGUUCUUUUAAUGACUAUUUAAUAAGUGAUAAAGUAUUUAUUAGACCAAAUUGCCCUUCAAAAUAGUUUUCUCAUUUUACCCAUUCAAAUACAAGGAAGCAAAACAGUAUGAUGGGGGCAUAGUCCCCCCCCCCCAGUUAUACUCCCGAGAACAAAAAUGCUUAAAGUUAUACAGAACAUGAUCGAGGCAGCCCAUGCACAUUCCACUGUUGGUGCGUUUGUCAAUUUGUGGAUACAUUGCUGUAAACAUACGUACGCUCCCCUUUCAUCUUGUAAGAUAUAUUGAUUAUCAUAUAACACUCUUUGUGUAUGCUUUCAAUGUAGUCCUGUAUAGUAGUACAAUUGUAUAUGAAUCAUAUUCAAAGUAAUGACGUAAAUUGCAUUCCAUGGUUUGUUUAUUUCUCAUCGUAGCUUUCCAUCACUAUAGUAUCAAAUUUAUCAUAUAUUUUUGUGAUCACCGGUGAAAUAAAAGGGCAUAAAAUGAAA